AUGUCGGCCAAGCCCACGACCAAGCAGUUCGGGAAGUCGACCCGGGAGGUUCCCGCCUCCGCGGACCAGGCGAAGAAGUGGUACCCUGCCGACGACGAGAGCGAACCGAAGAAGGUUCGCAAGGCCGUCCGAACUUGGGCCCCCCGAAAGACCCUCCAGCCUGGUACCGUCCUGAUCCUCCUCGCUGGCCGCUUCCGCGGCAAGCGUGUCGUCCUCCUCAAGACUCUUGACCAGGGUGUUCUCCUCGUCACUGGUCCCUUCAAGAUCAACGGCGUUCCCCUGCGAAGAGUUAACGCCCGAUACGUCAUCGCCACCUCCUACAAGGUCGACAUCUCCGGCCUUGACGCCGCCAAGAUCGAGGAGAUCUCUCAGCCCAAGUACUUCACCGCCGAGAAGGCCAAGGAGAAGGCUUCCGCUGAGGCUUUCUUCAAGCAGGGAGAGAAGCCCCAGAAGAAGGAGAUCAACAGCAGCCGUGCUGCCGACCAGAAGGCUGUCGACAAGGCUCUGCUUGCUAGCAUCAAGAAGGUGGAUCUGUUGGCCAGCUACCUCGCCAGCACCUUCAGCCUGCGGAAGGGUGACAAGCCCCACGAGAUGGCGUGGUAA